UUUGCAUCUCUUGGUGAGGGUCUGUGCUGAGGUGCGCUACGGGUCGGUGUCCAUCAUGUCCUCCUGCGCCGUGUCUCUCCUCGCUCUACUCCUGGGUUUGUCCAUGUCGGAGCCCGGUGCGUGCGAAGCGGAUUUCAGCGGUGUUUUGGAGCCGUACGACCUGCUGUUCGACAGCGCCGUGGAGGCGUAUUACAGGCAGGACUGGCCCUCGGUCAUCCUUAACAUGGAACGCGCACUGAGGAACAAGGGCUUAGUGCGCAAAGUGAAGGCUCAGUGCCGGGUGUCCUGCGCCAACCUCACCGCCUUCCAUCAGCACGGAGAUCCCGGAGAGCUCACCCCGCUCCCCGGCGCCGGGCCCGUGCAGGACCUGGGCUUCUUUCAGCGCGUGCUGAAGCGGGCCGAGUGCGUGACCCGGUGCGAGGCGGAGAAGCUCGGGCCGCCAUCCAUGCACAAAGUCAGCGAGGAGGUUAAGCUCGAGUUUAAAAAGAGAACUCCGUACAAUUACCUGCAAGUCGCUUAUUUUAAGAUGAACAAGCUCGACAAAGCUGUGGCAGCAGCAAACACAUUCUAUGUAGCAAACCCGGACCACAUGGAGAUGAGACAGAACCUGGAGUACUACAGCAUGAUGGCUGGUGUGCAAGAGACAGACUUUAAAGACCGCGAAGCCAGAUCGCACAUGGCGGAGUUCCUGGAAGGAAAGCAUCUCUACAGCACGGAUGAAUUUUCCUCAUCCAUCGAACACUUCGAGACUGCGCUCGAGGAGUAUUUUAGCGCAGACGCAGAGUGCCGGGCGCUGUGCGAGGGCGCGUACGACUACGACGGAUACAACUACAUGGAAUACGGCGCUGACCUCUUUCAGUCAAUCACAGAUCACUAUCUGUACGUUCUGAACUGUAAGCAGAAUUGCGCCAUGGAGCUGGCGUCCACCGCAGGGACAGAGAAACCCUUUGAAGACUUCCUUCCGUCGCAUUUUAACUAUCUCCAGUUCUCCUACUAUAACAGUGAGCAAUACGAGAAAGCCAUUGAAUGUGCAAAAACCUUCCUUCUUUUUCAUCCCAAUGAUGAAGUGAUGAAACAGAACCUUGCGUAUUACUCGACCAUGCUGGGAGAAGAAAAGGCCGCUGCUGUUGCAGCCAGAGAGGCUGUUCAGCAGUAUAUCAAGAACUCCUUGCUGGAGAAAGAGCUCUUGUAUUUCGGAUAUGAAAUUUUCGGAAUAACAUUUGUUGAUCCUGACAUGUGGACACCAGAAGAAAUCAUGCCUAAGAAACUCAGGGACAAACAAAAGGCUGAUCGAGAGACAGCGGCUCGCAUCACAGAGGAGAUCGGCAAUCUCAUGAAGGAAAUCGAGACGUUGGUGGAGGAGAAGACCAAGGAAUCAUCCGACAUUACCAAGAUGAUUAAAGAUGGAAACAGUAAAUCUACACUUACUCCAGAGGCAAGCUCGGCACUCGAUGGCAUCACGGUUAGCAUGGCGUCCAAAGCUCUGAAUGGUUCACAGAGAGUUGUCCUGGACGGAGUCAUCACCGACGACGAAUGUCGGGAAUUACACCGGCUUUCAAAUACAGCAGCAAAGAAAGGUGAUGGCUACAGAGGAAGGCCAAGUCCACACUCUCCCAGUGAGAUGUUCCAGGGCGUGACUAUUCUCAAAGCUCUUAAGCUCGGUCAGGAUGGUGUGCUUCCUCUGAAGAGCGCUCGUCUGUUUUUUGACCUCAGCGAGAGAGUGCGGAAACUAGUGGAGUCAUAUUUCAGUCUCCAGUCUUCUCUCUACUUCUCUUACUCACACCUGGUCUGCCGCUCCGCCAUCGACGAGAAACAAGAAGACAGAGAUGACCUGAGCCACCCUGUACACGUCGACAACUGUCUUCUGAUCUCCGAGCUCAACGAGUGUGUCAAAGAGCCACCAGCAUAUACACACCGGGACUAUAGUGCCAUUCUGUACCUCAAUGAUGACUUCGAAGGAGGAGACUUCAUCUUUACAGAACUCGAUGCCAAAACCAUCACAGCGGUGGUGAAACCUCAGUGCGGUCGCAUUGUGGCAUUUAGUGCCGGUAAGGAGAACCCUCACGGGGUCAGAGCUGUGACGAAAGGUCAAAGAUGUGCGGUGGCUCUGUGGUUCACUCUGGAUCCUCGACAUGACGAAAAGGAGCGAAUUCAGGCAGAAGAGCUGUUAAAAAUGCUCUCCAGCCCACUGAACGCAGACUUCCAGAAAAGAGAGGAUGAUGGCAGUAAAGAGACGCUGUUGGAGAAAGACAGCGUGAUGUCUGACGAAGGAAAAACGACUAGAGAAACUAAAACGCCUGCAGAAGAGCAGGCAAGCAAAACCACAGAGGAAAAGACAGACACGAACGCUGACACUAAGACAGACAGCAAAGACAAACAGCCAAAAGCCACAAAAACAGAAAAAAACAAGGCCAAAACAGCGACGAAAACAAAACCAGCAGGGAAAGCAAAGACGAAAACAAAAGAGACAGAAAAAUCGAAGGACAAAACUACAGUGAAAAAGGAAAAACCAGCUGCAAAGAAGACACACAAGCCAUCCAAAAAGACACAAAGCAAACAGCCUAAAGCAAGCUUAAAGCCAGACUCUGAAAAGAAAAAGGAGGAAUUAUGAGCAUUGGGCUAUUUUCUAUUUUUAUUAUUAUUUUUUUUAAGUGCUGUUUUAUACAUUUUGAAUAUGUUAACGUGUGUGUAUGGGGGUAUUAUUUUUUUAUUAUUUUUUUUUUAACUGUCUGACAAUCUGAUUUCAAUUUUUAAAGACUUUUUUUUUUUUUUUUUUUACUUAAAACUGAAAAAAGUCCUUACCAAAAAUAUUG